AGCUUUUGAUAAUGAUAAACUUGAUUUGACAGAAAUUGAGGGUAUUGCUGAUUUAAUAAAUGCCGAAACUGAGAUACAACGAAGACAAGCGUUACGUCAAGCACAAGGGAGUCUUCAUAAUUUAUAUGAAACCUGGAGACAACAAUUGAUUGAGAACAUGGCUCUUGUUGAGGCUGUGAUCGAUUUUGGAGAAGACGAAAAUAUUGAAGAUGGGGUUUUAGAUCGAGUUAGACAUAAUAUUCAGAAACUGGUAAAAAUCAUGUCAGAUCACAUUAAUGAUAAUCGCCGUGGUGAAAUAUUACGCGAUGGAAUUUAUGUGACUAUUAUGGGACCCCCAAAUGCUGGGAAAAGCAGUUUCUUGAAUUAUUUAGCACAGCGACAAGCUGCUAUUGUAUCACCAAUUCCAGGGACAACCCGCGAUAUAGUAGAUGUUUGUUUAAAUAUUGGUGGAUAUCCGAUUGUAAUUGGUGAUACUGCUGGAUUAAGAAAAACGGAAGAUGCAAUUGAGAUCGAAGGCAUUAAAAGGGCUAAAGAUCGAAUAAUGACUGCCGAUAUCAAAAUAUGUAUUCUUUCAUUACCUGAGAUUUUGAACAAGAUCGAAAAAGAAAAGAAUUUUAACAUGUCUUUUAAAGCUAUCGAUGAACCCAUUAUUAAAAAUUCAAUAGACAAAGAUACAUUAUUCAUUCUGAAUAAAAAAGAUAUAGUCAGCAACAACGAAAUGAUGAUUAUCCCACAAUUAAAGCAAGAUAUUUGUGAGCUAUUUGGGACAAAUCUUGCUUGGGAAGUAUCUUGUGUUACAGGCGAAGGCAUGCAAGAAUUCUUGACUGGAUUAUUAGAUUCGAUUAAAGACAAAUUUGAUUCAACGUUUAUGCAAACAGCCUUAAUUACACAAUCUCGGCAUCGACAACUUGUCUCUGAAUAUAUCGAAGAUGUUGUACUGGCGGCUGAAGAAUUACGAUACGCAGUAAAUUGUGUUGGAAAAAUUAUUGGAAAG